AUAAAAAGAGGGAAAGUGGAUGGAUGCAUGUCAGUUGGUGGCAGAAACCAAAGCAGAAGCAUCAGCAAGGCUGCAGCAGUACUGAACAGAACAAUGAAGUUGUUGGUGUUGGUUUUAACCAUCGCCCUGCUGUUUACAGCUGGUGAAGCCCUUAACUGCCACCGCUGCGUCUCCAAGACGGCUGGAGGAACCUGUGAGCACACUGUGGAGACAUGUAAACCAGGGAAGGAGGCCUGCGCUGCAGUCAAGUUCCUCAGACCACCAAAUGCCCAAUUCCAAAAGUGCAUGGCUCUGGAAGACUGCGAAGUGCUGAAGAUGAACGCCUACCUUGAUGUCAAGUGCUGUACCAAUGGCAUGUGCAACACCUACUAAAAUUACAAUGUAUUAAAAGUAUGACUGAAAAAAGCAAAUAAACCCUAUGACUCCAAUGCUGACUGCUGCAAGUGACUCCGAAGUGUGAGCGCAUGCAUGAAUUCAAAGAGGCAACCUUUCAUAAGAGCAGAAAUUGCUGUCAGCCCUUUCCAAUCACAAAUAAUAAAAAGUGACAAACAA